CAGUAGAGAUAAUAGCCAACCGAGUGACCCAAGCUGGAAGCUUGGUCUUGUGACCUGCAAGCAAAAAUCGUUGAAAUUUGUCGAUCUAAAGAAUCUAGGGCUGCAAUAACCUUGUUAGAGGGAAGAAGAAAUUUCGUUACGUGAAUUAGGCUAUUAUCAGUACCCAAAAUGACGUCUUUGUUUCGUUCAGAAGAGAUGACUUUAUGUCAACUGUUCCUCCAGUCGGAGUCGGCCUACGCCUGUGUCAGUGAACUUGGGGAGUUGGGGCUGGUGGAAUUCAGAGAUCUGAACCCUGAUGUCAAUGCUUUCCAGCGAAAAUUCGUGAAUGAAGUCAGAAGAUGUGAUGAAAUGGAAAGAAAACUGAGAUUUCUUCAAAAGGAGAUUGAGAGAGCUGAGAUCCCAAUUGCUGAUACAGGAGAAAACCCUGAUGCGCCACAUCCAAGAGAAAUGAUUGACCUUGAGGCACAGUUUGAAGACUUGGAAAAUGAAAUGAAAGAUAGCAAUGCUAACUAUGAAGCAUUGCAAAGAAGUUUCUUAGAGUUGACAGAGCUAAAGCACAUCUUGCGAAAAACUCAGACAUUUUUUGCUGAGGCCGAACAACAUGUCCAACAUCAGCACAUUGGCGAUGGCGCUCAUAACGCAACCGAAGAAAUGACCUUACUAGGUGAAUCAGAGCUAGCUGCUACGACUGCAGCUGGUCGUUUAGGAUUCGUUGCUGGUGUCAUUGCACGAGAGCGUGUCCCGGCAUUUGAAAGGCUGUUGUGGCGUGCUUGCAGAGGUAACGUAUUUUUCAAGCAAGCGGAGAUUGAAGAGGCUUUGGAAGACCCAGGGACAGGCGAUGAAGUGCACAAAUGUGUGUUUAUUGUUUUCUUCCAAGGAGAUCAGCUUAAGAUGCGUGUGAAGAAGAUUUGUGAAGGGUUUCGAGCCACACUUUAUCCUUGUCCGGAGUCACCAGCGGAAAGAAGAGAAAUGGCAAUUGGUGUUAUGACAAGAAUUAAUGAUCUUCAAACGGUGUUGACGCAAACAUUCGACCAUCGCCAUAGGCUUUUGCAAACAAUGGCAAAGAAUAUGAAUGUUUGGUUCAUUAAGGUGAAGAAGAUCAAGUCAAUUUACCAUACGAUGAACAUGUUCAACUUGGAUGUGACUCAGAAAUGCUUGAUUGCUGAAUGUUGGUGUCCAGUUGAUGAUCUUGAUAAGAUCCAAUUGGCCAUUAAAAGAGGAACGGAGCGAAGUGGCUCUUCAGUCCCCUCCAUAUUAAACCGAAUGCACACCAAGCACGAACCACCAACAUUCAAUCGUGUGAACAAGUUUACCUCUGGUUUCCAAGCAAUUGUUGAUGCAUAUGGUGUGGCUAAUUACCAAGAGGUGAAUCCAGCACUGUUCACUGUCAUCACAUUUCCAUUCCUAUUUUCUGUCAUGUUCGGUGAUUGCGGACACGGCCUUAUCAUGUUGGUUUUUGCACUUUGGCUGGUUCUGAACGAGAAGAAGCUAGCUAGCUUCAAGGAAGGCGGAGAGAUGUUUGAUACCAUCUUCGCUGGCAGGUACAUAGUCAUGUUGAUGGGCCUCUUUUCAAUCUACUCUGGUCUUAUAUACAAUGAUUGCUUCUCAAAAUCGCUCAAUAUUUUUGGGACCGGAUGGGCUGAGUUUGGCAACAACGAGCUUUACAGUUUGAAGUAUUUGGAACAUCAGGUGGAGUUAAAAGUCCCAAAUUUGAUUUUGGAUCCAAAAAAUGUCACUCGCGAUGUACCAUAUUACUUUGGCAUUGACCCGGCAUGGCAGCUCGCAACCAACAAACUCAACUUCCUGAACUCCUUCAAAAUGAAGCUCUCUAUCAUUUUUGGUGUGAUUCACAUGACAUUUGGUGUUGUCCUCAGCCUUUACAAUCACAAACACUUUAAUAAGCCUGUGAAUAUCUUUUGCGAAUUCAUACCACAAGUUUUGUUCUUGAUGUGCAUCUUUGGCUAUUUGGUUAUCAUGAUUUUCUACAAAUGGAUUGCUUACAACACACACAGCAAGAAUCUGCCAAGCUUGCUGCUAGCAUUAAUUGGAAUGUUCCUGAACUUUGGGAAGGCCAUCAAGCCAGAAGACCAGCUCUACGCGGGACAGCAAUCAGUCCAAACUCUCCUCGUCAUUGUGGCAGUUUUGUGCAUUCCGUGGAUGUUGGCUGUCAAGCCAUUUUACUUGCGCCACAAAGCAAAGAGCAGUGCGAGCUUCAAAAAGAUAGAGAGCAAUGCACCAGUAUCUACAAACAAUGGGGACCAGAGCCACCAUAACGAAGAUGAGUUAAUCCAUCAUGACGACCAACAUCUCAUUGCUGAAGAUGAUGAGGAAGAGGAGUUUGAUUUCGGUGAAGUAUUUGUUCAUCAGGCAAUUCAUACCAUUGAGUACUGCCUCGGGUGCAUCUCAAACACUGCCUCGUACUUGCGUCUCUGGGCUCUUAGUCUUGCACAUGCCCAAUUGUCCGAGGUGCUGUGGAACAUGGUCUUCCAGAUGUCGCUUAAAAGAACAGGGGCCAUUGGCUUUAUUGCAAUUUUUGCCCUGUUUGGUGCAUGGGCUGUUUUGACAAUUGCAAUUCUCCUUGUCAUGGAAGGCUUGUCUGCUUUCCUCCAUACUUUGCGUUUGCACUGGGUGGAAUUCAUGAACAAAUUCUACACUGGACUUGGGCAUAAGUUUCAGCCGUUCUCGUUCAAAUUGAUUCUCUCUGGCGAGGUUGAAAUCUAGACAUCCUAAAGAAGCCUUGUAUUGAUUAUGGAUUGAAAAUUUAGAGCCAAUCUUGCUUUCUCCAUUUACUGAGACCAUUUUUCUUUAAAAUCAAUCAAAGGAGCUGCACUUAAAUGAUUUGAACGUUGGCAUAUUCAUUAUGCUGCUAAAAAUGUUGCCAGCUGCGCUAUUAGGUUUUUUCAUCAACAGUACUUACUGGUUAAUUGCGUAACCAAUGCCUGUUCUUUGAUUCAGAUAAAACAAACCGAAGCAAAAUAUAACCCUGAUCAUCUUCCUCUGUGCUAAAACCUUCCACUAAUAGUGAUGUUUCUUUUAUGAAUACACGCCAACUAUUACUAUCCCAUCCUUCUUCCCACAGCAUGCUCUGAUUUAGAAAAAAUGGUUUUUGACAUUUUCACCUUUUUUUGUCGGUUUAUGUUCAGUUUUGAAAUUAGAAUGAAAUCAUCAGCUCUGUUGAAAAGUAUAAUGAA